AUGACAGAAUUAAGAAAACUUAAGUAUUCGCGUGGAGCAUUGAAAGCCACGUUGACGCGGGCGAUUACAUUCUUAGAGUCAGAAAAUGCUCAGCAUGCCUUUCUGUCACAACUGCGCGAACGCAAAAAUAAAAUCGUGCAAACAUGGGAUCAAUUCAACGAUAUUCAAAGCUCAAUCGAAUCAAUUGAAGAAGUUGACGACGCUGCAGUACGAAUAGAAUUUGAAGAAUCAUACUUUGGCAUUGUCUCGAGAUUUGACCAAUUAAUAAUCGAUCGUGAAGCCGCUGUUGCACAAGAGACAGGGGCGAAUCACCCACAAGUAGCAGAUCAACGUGAUCAAGAAUAUCAUUGUCGCUUGCCAAAAAUUAAUCCUCCGAAAUUUGCAGGUGGAUAUGACGAAUGGUAUCCGUUCCGUGACACGUUCUUGUCUAUGGUACACAACGUCCGAGCUAUCCCGGACAUCCAGAAGUUUCUAUACUUACGAGGAGCAUUAGUAGGCAAAGCUGCGGAAAUUAUAGAGUCUCUCGAGGUAUCUGCGGCCAAUUAUCAUGAAGCCUGGCAAAUGCUCACAAUGCGCUACGACAAGAAACGAUUGAUAAUUCAAAAGCACAUCCAAGCUAUUUACGGGUUACCUGUUCUUACAAAAGAAAAUCACACAGCAUUACGAGAGCUCUGCGAUAGCAUUUUGAAGCACGUGCGGGCGUUAAAGGCAAUAGGACGUCCGACCGACCAAUGGGGAGACCUACUUGUUUAUUUGAUCACGAGUAAGCUUGAUACGGUCACUAACAAAGCAUGGGAGGACAGCCUCGUCGAAGUGGAGUAUCCGACUCUGAAAGCAUUAAUGGAAUUUCUAGAUCGACGUUGUAAUACACUAGAAAUCAUUCAAAAGAAAGCUCAGCCAAGUAGUGCCAUCUCUAAUACAGAUAAACAACGACCUCAAAAGGUAUCAUCAAACGUAGCGACUCACAAGAGAGAGUGCCCUAUUUGCCAUGGUGAACAUUUCACAUUUGCGUGCGAAUCUUUAUCGAGGAUGUCAAUACCUGAUCGCAUUGUUGCGGUAAAAGGCAGCAGAUUAUGCAUAAAUUGUCUAAGAUCGGGACAUCGAGCCAAAGAUUGUACUUCUGGAGGAUGCAAGAAGUGCAGCAAGAAGCAUAACACACUAUUACAUAUCGAAACGUCAGUUAAUUCACAAGAGACGUCGCAAGGGGAUUCGAAAUCGCCCACGACAACUACAACAGACGACAAGAAGUUAACUCUUACAUCCCUUUCUUCGAGCAACGCUGAUUGCGAUGACUUCAAAAAACAUGCCUGGCUAUCCACAGCCAUCAUCAAGAUAUUGAAUCGUGACAAUAAGAAGGUAACAUGUAGAGCCCUACUAGACGCCGGCUCUCAAUCGAACUUCAUAACGAGGUCCUUAGCGCAACGAUUAGGACUCGAACUUCAAAAUGUAAAUGUUCCAGUCGUAGGUGUCAAUCAAGUAACCAGUUAUGUUCGAGACAUGGUCAAGGUAUCCAUUUAUUCAAGACUCUACGAUUAUCAAAGAAAUCUUGAUUGUCUGGUUUUGAGACAAAUAACUGAUCGGAUUCCCUCAUCUCACGCUGAUGAUUACAACAUUAACAUUCCGGCAAAUUUGCGUCUUGCCGAUCCGAAUUUCUACAUCCCAGGAGGAAUCGAUCUACUUUUGGGAGCUGAUGUUUUUUGGAACAUUUUAUGCGUCGGACAAAUUAAAGCUACAUCAUUGCAUCCUGUUUUGCAAAAGACUUUAUUCGGAUGGAUCCUAGGUGGAACAAUUGCAACAAAGGCACAUGCGAGUACCAACAGCGGCGGCGCAACAAUGUGCAACUUGAUUACGAAUCAGGAACUUGACCAAAGUCUUUCCAAAUUCUGGGAAGGCGAACAAUGCAGCGAGCGUCCUAAUCUCACACAUGAAGAGAAGCUUUGCGAAGAACACUUUGCCAAAACGACUCGCAGGAGUAUGAAUGGCCAAUUCAUCGUGCGACUGCCCUUCAGGGAGAACAUGAUCGAACAGCUUGGAGAAUCUAAAGCAACGGUGCAAAAGCGAUUUUACGCAUUAGAACGAAGACUACAAAGGGACUCCGAUUUGAAGAUGAAAUACACACAGUUUCUCAAGGAAUAUAUAGAACUCGGGCACAUGGAAAAGGUCAAAGAUUCUGUGGUGGUAGAGCCCGGGUAUUAUCUGCCCCAUCAUCCUGUGUUUAAAGAUGCGAGCCAGACCACGAAAUGCAGGGUUGUCUUCGAUGCUUCUUGUAAGACAUCCACAGGUGUCUCUUUAAAUGAUACACUUAUGGUUGGUCCGGUACUGCAACCGGAAUUAUUGGACAUCAUAUUAAGAUUUCGCACUUGGCAAUUCGUCGUGACCGCCGACGUGGAAAAAAUGUACAGACAAGUACUGGUCGAAAAGGCACAAAGAAGCUAUCAACGCAUUUUAUGGAGAGAGGAUCCCUUCGAAGAUCUUGCUGUUUAUCAACUAAACACUGUCACGUAUGGAACAGCCUCAGCCUCCUACUUGGCAACUCGGGCGUUGCAAGAAAUUGCUCAUAUAAAACAAAAGGAAUAUCCAACAGGAUCAUCCACAAUAUUAUCAGAUUUUUACGUUGAUGAUCUCGUGACGGGCGCAGACUGUCUGGAUCAAUUAUCUAAUAUUUGCAAGGAAGUAAUAUGUGUAUUAGCACAGGCGGGCUUCAAUUUGAGGAAGUGGGCGUCAAACGCUCCGGCGUUACUAAUGGAACUUCCGAAAUCGUCAUCAGAUUCAAUUGCAAUUCUAAACAAGGAUGACAGACUAUCAACUCUUGGACUACAAUGGCAUUCCAACAAUGACAUGCUACAUUACGAAGUAAAGGAACAAUUCUCGAAGUCUGUCACCAAGCGAAUCAUACUGGCAAACAUAGCACGUUUAUUUGAUCCUCUGGGAUUACUCGGCCCAAUUAUCGUAACGGCAAAAAUUUUGAUACAACGCCUUUGGCAGCUUAAAAUUGAAUGGGAUGAAGCAGUACCCCUUGAUAUUCAAACGAAGUGGCGUUCUUACGAGGCUCAAUUGCCCGCUUUAAAUGGAUUUAGCAUUCCACGGAAAGUUGUUGGAAGCGCGCAACCGCGCUCAGUAGAAUUACAUGGCUUUUGUGACGCCAGCACAGAAGCAUAUGGCGCCUGCGUUUACGUUAAAACGAGUGUACACGAUCAUCACGAAGUUCACUUGCUGUGUGCAAAAUCACGGGUGGCACCGGCCAAAAGUACAACCUUGCCCAGACUGGAAUUGUGUGCAGCGCAUUUGCUGGCUCAACUAAUAAAAAGAAUAAGGGACAUUAUUCCCGUGAAAAUUGAUAAAACUUAUUAUUGGUCUGACUCCAUGAUCGUACUAGCAUGGAUUCGCUCUGACUCAAGACGAUGGAGUGUCUUUGUAUCAAAUCGUGUGGGACAGAUUCAAGAGUCAACCGAUCCACAUUCUUGGAAUCAUGUAAAAACUAAAGAUAACCCAGCGGAUGCUAUUUCUAGAGGCGUUACGCCACUGCAGCUAAUUCAGUCUCAGCUUUGGUGGAAUGGGCCUGCAUGGCUUACUCUCGACCGCAAUCAUUGGGAAGUUGAUUCUACAACGUCAUUAUCAGUAAAGGAUCUUCCAGAAAUUCGCAAGACUGCCCUGAUCACCACUAAGCCUUUUGAAGAAUGGAGCAUUUUUCACACGAUCUCCUCUUUGCAGCGCUUGCGUCGAGUCGCAGCUUAUAUACUACGAUUCAUCAACAAUAUGAGAACUUCUAAGGAAAACAGAAAUGUCGGUUUCUUGACAGCUACUGAGCUGAACAGUGCAAUACUACGUCUUGCCAAAAUAAUUCAAGGAUAUUCCUUUUCAGCUGAGAUCAAGGCUCUACAAAAUCAAAAGGCAAUACCUCACGACAGCAAGUUGCUUGGGCUUUCACCUUUCAUGGACUCUGGUGGCAUCAUAAGGGUGGGAGGAAGACUAUCGCAUUCGUAUCUUCCUUACCAAACAAAGCAUCCCGUCGUUUUGCCAACAAGACAUCCUUUCACUAAAAUGCUCAUUAUUCACGAGCAUCAAAGAUUACUUCAUGCGGGGCCACAGGCAACACUGGCUUCACUACGACAACGCUUCUGGCCAAUCUCAGGAAGAAGCGCUGUCAGACAUGUUACUCGUAGCUGUUUGAGAUGUUUUCGGACUUCACCUAAAGCAAGCCCGUUAAUCAUGGCAAAUCUUCCACCUUCGAGAGUCUCACUGUCUCGCCCAUUUUUGCAUUGUGGCAUUGAUUAUGCCGGGCCGUUCAUGAUCAGGGACUCAAAGAAGCGUAACUCCAAGAGUUCAAAGGCAUACAUAGCUGUAUUUGUAUGCAUGGCUUGCAAAGCCAUACACCUCGAGUUAGUGAUGGACCUAUCAACCGAAGCAUUCCUGAACGCUUUCAAGAGAUUCAUAUCUAGAAGAGGCAAACCAACGGAUCUUUACACAGACAACGGAACCAACUUCGUUGGUGCAUCCAGGGAACUGAAGGAAUUGCGUCAAGUCGUCUUCAAGGAACUUCAACAGAAGACAGUUCUGGAUUUCUUAGCGCAAGAAGAAAUAAGGUGGCAUUUCAAUCCCCCUUUGGCGCCCCACUUUGGAGGCAUUUGGGAGGCCGCCGUUAAAGCCAUGAAAACUCACCUAAAAAGAAUCGCCGGAAACGCAUUGCUAAACUAUGACGAGAUGGAAACGUUGCUUACACAAAUAGAGGCAGUGCUCAACUCCCGUCCUAUUGUGCCCUUAUCAGCUGAUCCUAACGACAACGCAUCUCUCACUCCCGCACAUUUUCUUAUUGGAGACAGCCUUACUGCUCCAGUGGAGCCUACUUUAUUAGACGUCAAGGAAAACCGCCUCUCAAGGUGGCAACGAGUUACUCAAAUGCGGCAACACUUUUGGAAGAGGUGGUCGAAUGACUAUCUCAACGAACUUCAGCAGCGUACGAAGUGGAAAACUGGAGGUCCCUCUUUGAAGCCAGGUCAAUUGGUAAUCGUACGAGAAGACGCCACCCCUCCACUGUGUUGGCCAUUAGCACGUGUUAAGGAAGUACACCCAAGUUCUGAUGGCGUCGUGCGCUCUGCUACGAUCCAAACCAACAAGGACCUCUACAAAAGGCCAGCGACACGUUUAUGCCCUCUACCCUUCGAUAAUGAGGAUUCGGGCAACUGA